AUGAUCCCCCGCCAUUUGCUCCGGGGAAGCGGCCUCGUGCGCUUAUCGGCUCCGGCCCCUCGCAGAGUCGCGGUGCUACGGCCAAUUGCUCGACGAGAUGCUGCCAUCUGUUGGUCUGGCUCCGGGCUGCUGAAGACAAGCUUCGGGAGCGUCUCAAACCGAUCGAUUCACGACGAUGCUCACGAGCGCCUGCGCAACGCAAAGCCGCUCGUGCCCAAUGCCCUGGCGGGCAAAUUCACCAGCGCCGGCACCGGCCGCAACUCGCGCGCCCUGGUGGUCGUCUCGGUCGUGGCCGCGGUGGCGUUUUACCUGUACAACUCGCAGACGGUGCCGGUGACGGGACGCAGGCGCUUCAACUUCCUGUCGGAUGCGCUGGUGGCGCAGGCGUACUCGAGGGCGGCCGAUGCGAUUGUGCGGCAGGUGGAGGAGCAGGGCGGGCAUUUCCUGUCUGACUGGGAUCCGCGGACGAUGCUGGUGCAGAGAGUCAUGAAGCGGCUGAUUCCCGUCAGUGGCAUGGACGACUUGAAGUGGGAGGUUCGGGUGAUAGCAGACAGCCGGACUGCGAAUGCCUUUGUGAUCCCCGGCGGCAAAGUCUUUGUCCACAGCGGCAUCCUCAACGUGUGCCGCAGCGAGGAUGCUCUCGCCGCGGUGCUGGGCCACGAAAUCGCACACAACACGGCUUCUCACGCCGCAGAGCGCCUCUCCGCUGCCUGGGUCGGCAAUCUCACGGCCGGCAGUCUCUUUUUCCUCGCUGGUGCUCUGCCGGGCCUUGCGCUGUUUGGCCUGUGGAACGUCAUUGGGGGCUACUAUUUGCAGGACCUGCUGUUCUACCUCCCCAUGGGCCGCAAGCAGGAGAGCGAGGCAGACUACAUUGGGCUGAUGAUGAUGGCCGAGGCUUGCUACGAUCCGCGCCAGGCUGUUGGGUUUUGGCAGAGGAUGGAGACGAUUCAGCGGCUGGGCGGACACGAGGUUCCCGAGAUGCUUAGCACGCAUCCAUCGAACGAGCAUAGGAUUGCCAAGAUUGAGGAGUGGCUGCCGGAAGCGAUGAAGAAGAGGAUGAAUAGCGACUGUAGAGCGACAUCUGCGUUUGCGGACCGAUUCAGAGAAGCAUUGCGGAAGAGACGGCCGGUGGUGAUUGAGCUCUAG